CACCCGCGGGCCUGGUGGGCCCUGCUGAGCGGCAGAGGGCUACCGCAGAGUGGCUCUGGCCCGCGGCUACCGGUCCUCGGACUCUGGCGGCCGCGGCUGGCCUCCAGGCACCCGUUACUGGCGGUUCCCCGAGGCCUGCGACUGAUUUUCUGGAGCCCAAGAUCAGAAAUUGGAUUUUUAUGGACACAGUGACCCUACUGAACCUCUCCUCUUUAAACGCCCUGAGCUCUGAUUUUGACCAAACUUCAGAAUACAGAACACCAAACUGCAAUCAGUAUAAAUUACCAGGAUGUCCCAGAGACUUUAGUCCCGUGUGUGGAAGCGACAUGUCCACUUAUCCUAACGAGUGUACUCUGUGCAUGAAAAUCAGGGAAGGUGGUCAGGACAUUAAAAUAAUCCGGAGUGGACCGUGUUGAUGGAACAGUUCAUAGAAGAGAACUUGGAGAAACCACCUUCAACAGUAUGCUAGAUGAAUUCCAUUUUCUCUUUUUCUCUUUCCUAUGUUCCUUUGCAUAGGAUUUGUUAGCCCACAUUUUCUGAGAGGAGGUGUGGAAGAAAGCUAUGUGCAGUGCUUGAUAAUUAAAACAAAC